AUGCCCGCCGUCCAAACAAACCCGCCAGCAACGCCGCCGGGCCCUCGCUCCGGCGAGAACAAAGGUUUUUUGUACAAUUUAGUCUUUGGCCCCGGCGGUGCCGCCACCGUCGCAGGGUCGUGUGAGAUCGUCAUAUUUCAUCCCUUCGACACAACGGCGAAGCGGCUCAUGUCGCACCACCACACGGUAUUCGACCCCACCUCCUUGUCGCAGACGUGGCGGAACUUUAUUCAGGUUGUGUUUCGUGGCAUUGAGAAAAAUAAGCCCGCCGGCGCGCGCGUCACGUUCUUUGAUCGCGUGUGGCAUUUGUACCCUGGCAGCGCAUACGCGGUGGCGUACAAGGUGCUGCAGCGCUUCAUCAAAUUCGCUGGCCAGCCGUACAUGCGGGAAUUUUUGGAGUAUAAGUUUGGGCGUCUCUCCUUGGGCGAUGCUCAGCAGCAAGCGCGGCAGAAGGGCACCCGCCACAAGAAGAACCACGGGGCAAUGCUGCUGGAGGCCACUGCGGGUUGCCUCGUCGGCCUCUGCGAGGUGGUACUCCUGCCUAUUGAUCGGAUGAAGGUGCUGAACCAGACCAAUAGGGGCGCCAUUCAAAACCGCACCUUUUUUACGAUCCUCCGUCAAGAAGGGAUUGUUAAGAUGUACGCCGGCAUCGGAACAACCGCGGUGCGCAAUGCCCCUGGCUCCUUUCUCUUGUUUGGGGGUGCUGCCUGUACCAAGGACUACGUGUUUAAGCUGGAGAACUACGGCGAUGCGACUCUUCUGCAGAACUUUGUGAGUUCCACGGUGGGCAGCUGCCUCGGCGUGUGGUUCACGAGCCCAAUGGACGUUGUGAAGACGCGCAUUCAAAACAAGCGGUUUGGGGAGGGUCGCGUGACGGGCUGGAGCAUCGUGCGGGAGACCCUGCAACAGGAGGGGUUUAUGGCCUUUUACAAGGGCAUCUCCCCAAAGCUCAUCACCUCGGCCCCCCGCCUGGUCUUUUCCUACACCAUGACGCAGUUCUUCACUAAGCGGUUUCGUGGGGAGAAGCCCAAGUCAUCGUCCGCGCAACCAACAUGA